CAAUUGUUGUUUUAUGCAAAAGCUUACGCCAAGUGCUUGAAUGGAAGCUUUUAGCCGGCAGACAGCUGACGGCGCCAUCAACCCCUGGCCCCCAAACAUCCGGAAUUGCAUUUUCUAGCUGCGUAGCAAAUUCAACUGGUGUCGAAUGGGAGUAAUCCACUGGGGAUAAAUGUUUUAAUUUGAGAAUAUAAUGAAACGUUUGACCGAGAGAGUACACCACGAGGAGAUCGAGUCCGAGGAUGUGGUCUGGGUGAAACGGGAAGAUGCUCGAUCUGAAAGUAAGCUGCCCAUCGUUUUCUCUAGGAAGUAUGCGGUGCGCUUCGCUGGCCUUGAACGCCUACAUCCCUUCGAUGCGGCCAAGGGCAAGCACAUUCAGAAGAUCCUAUGCUCCGAACUGCAGCUGGAUGGAGGCAGCUUCUACGAGCCCACGGAACUGAGCAAGGAACAGCUGCGACGCAUACACACCAAGGAUUACCUAAAGUCACUGCGGUGGAGCAUAAAUGUGGCCUGCAUCGCUGAAGUGCCAAUAAUGGCCUUCGUCCCGAAUCGCUAUAUUCAGCGGUCCUAUUUGCGUCCCAUGCGCUUCCAGGCGGCCGGCUCCAUUUUGGCCGGCAAACUGGCCCUGGAUUACGGUUGGGCCAUCAAUCUAGGGGGCGGAUUCCAUCACUGCUGUUCUUAUAGGGGUGGCGGCUUCUGUCCUUAUGCGGACAUCUCGCUACUCAUCGUCCGGCUGUUUGAGCAAGAACCGUAUAGGGUACGUCGCAUCAUGAUUGUGGAUCUGGAUGCCCAUCAAGGCAACGGACACGAACGUGACUUCAACAAUGUGGCUGCAGUUUACAUUCUGGAUAUGUAUAAUGCAUUCGUCUAUCCGAAGGAUCACGUGGCCAAGGAGAGUAUCCGUUGUGCCGUAGAACUGAGAAACCACACAGAGGAUGCAUUUUACCUUAGACAGCUGAAACGCUGCUUAAUGCAAUCCCUGGCCGAAUUCCGUCCGGACGUGGUUAUCUACAACGCUGGUACUGAUGUUCUCAAUGGGGAUCCAUUAGGCAAUCUGGCCAUUUCAGCGGAGGGCGUCAUAGAGCGGGAUCGGUUGGUGUUCAGUACAUUUCGCAGGCUGGGCAUUCCGGUGGUUAUGUUGCUGAGUGGUGGCUACUUAAAAGCAUCAGCAGGGGUCAUAGCCGACUCUAUUAUUAAUCUUCGACAACAGGGAUUGCUAAAUUAAAGGAAUUAAAUUAUUUUAGAUUUUA